CUCCAACCACCGCUUACCAUGGCAACUUCCAAGCUCCAACAUCGCUAAAAUUAACCUUCACUGCGACAGAGGAGCAAAAGGUGAAGGGGAUACGGCAUCUGCGAAGACCUCAGGAACAAAAACAAAGGCAUGAAACUUCCCGAGGCUCCCUUUCAUCGGUUGUUUUCCCUACUGGAUCGAUAGUUUUGCUUUCUUUGGUUGUUUCUGGGCUCUACCUUGGCCAUUGAUAUCGAUAAUCCUCCUGGAAGGGGUCGAAAAUUGAUCGAAUAAAUCGAAGAGGAGGUGUUCCCGUUAUCAUGCGACUGUUCGUCAUCCCUAUCUCGACCAGAAGAUCCUUGAUCUAUGCGCGACCCGUGGGCAACCACCUUUCUAAGGAACGCUCGAUAAUUGAUCGGAUCACUAACAAGGCCGCUGAGACCUGGGCCAAAUGGGAGGAAGUUGAUAAGGGUUGGAAAAAGCAUCUAGUAUCAUGGGGAAACCGAGUGCAACAGCGGAUACCGUACGAAGAAUGGGGUCUUAAAAGUAUACCUUCUCUCAAGGCUCAAAAGCGGAUGGAUGAAUCCUAUGGGUCUAAAAAGGUGGACGUUUUGUUUCCGGGCAAUGCGAUCAAGCGGGAGAGACUUACCCCUAUCUUGCAUAAAAUUGCGACGGAGAGACAGGAUCUUCAUCGCCGAAAAAUGUGGUGGAGUUUCAUCGCGGCUCCUUUCACUGCCCCAAUCGCGCUCAUUCCUAUCGUCCCUAAUAUCCCCUUCUUCUACUUGGUAUACCGAGGCUGGUCGCAUUGGAGAGCCCUGAACGGCUCUAGACAUCUGGAAUUCCUCGUUAAACAGGAUCUCUUGAAUCCAAUUUCAUAUCCUGGCUUAGAGAAGCUUUACGCCAAGCGUGUUUUGGCGGUUCUGGCCGAGACAGAUGCCGAAGACUCUCCCUCGGAGAUGGUGGGGGACGUCGAAAAAAGCGAUGACCAAAUACUCCUUCAUAUGGAAGAUGCAAAAAAGCUCGCGUCGAUUCUCGAUGCACCAGGACUUGCCUUGGAAGCCGAACGAGCUAUUGUUCAGAUCACAGAAAAGCUCACGCCUCCGGAUUCAUCUAUCAAGCGAGACGACGGAGCCCGGACAUCUGAAAAGAAAAAGCAAUGAUGCGAUGAAGAAGUGGCCAUGAUUAAAAUGGAAUAAUCCUUGAAUAUUGUAAAAUUUACAUAGUGGAUUGCUGAUAUGGUUGUUUACUUACAUUUAUAGAUCCUGUAUCCGGGUGUGUGUUAAUUUACGGGCGAAUUGAAGCUGUAUUUAGAACAUCAUCACUCUACCGUAUAAAAAAAAAAAACUUUGGUC